CGCGCGAGAUCAAAGGCGAAAUUUUUACCGGCGUCGUGAGGUGAGACGGACCCGAGAGCCGGCAAGACGCCAAACCCGGCGUGCCAUCUCCUCCCCUCCUCCCGCUCCCAAACCCCCCACCCAAAUCCCCCUCAGCCCGCGCCAACCCAAUCUGCUCCUCCUCCCAACGCCUAUGCACAGGCGCCGCGCGUGUCGGGAGAGGCGGCUGUCCAGUAGCGGCGGCGGCGUCGUCCUCCCAUGAGGCGGAGCGGCGACGGCGGCAGCAGCAGCACGGGCAAGAAGACGAGGAAGAGCAAGGGCGCCGGUUCGGCGGCGACGCGGCCGCGGGCGGACGGGGGGAUGCGCAUCGUGGUGCCGCUGCAGGGGGUGGUGCAGGGCCGCGGGGGGCUCGUGCUCGGCUCCCUCAUCCCCUGCGCCCUCUUCUACUUCUUCCAGCUCUACAUCAAGCGCAACCGCGCCGCCACGCCGCCGCCCGCCGCCGCCGCAGCCGGAUCCCCCACGGCCGCGGCUGCCGCGGUGUCGCCGAUCCACCGCUCGCUCUCCCGCGGCCUCCUCUCCCCGCGCGCCGCGCUGCCGGCCCUCUCCGCCCGCGGCGGCGCCGUCCGCGACGACGACUCGCUCUACUACGCCGGCCUCCGCCGCUGCGCCGCCGACCUCUACCACCCGACCACCAACCCCUCCGGCAUCAUCCAGCUCGGCCUCGCCGAGAACUACCUGUCGCUGGAUUUGGUUGGGAGAUGGAUGGAGAAGCACGCGGCGAAGGCGGCAUCAAUGGCGGGCGGAGAAGACGAGGAGGAGAGGGAGCUCUCCAUCAGGGGCCUCGCCGCGUACCAGCCGUACGACGGGAUACUUGCCUUGAAGAUGGCUCUUGCUGAAUUUAUGAGGCAAAUCAUGCAAGAAUCAGUGUCCUUUGACCCAUCUCAAAUGGUUAUAACCUCUGGUGCAACUCCUGCAAUGGAAAUACUGAGUUUCUGCCUUGCUGAUCCAGGAAAUGCAUUUCUUGUUCCAUCACCAUACUACCCUGGGUGGGACAGGGACAUAAAAUGGCGCACUGGCAUUGAGUUGAUACCUGUUCCUUGCCGUAGCACUGACAACUUCAAUAUUAGUAUCACUGCUCUAGAAAUAGCCUACAAUCAGGCAAAGAAGCGAGGAAUAAAGGUUCGUGGGGUUCUCAUAUCCAACCCUAAUAACCCUACUGGAAGCUUUGUACCGAAGCAAACACUGCACGAUCUUCUAGAGUUUGCUGCAGAGAAGAACAUCCACUUGAUAUCUGAUGAAGUGUUUGCUGGCUCAACAUACGGAUCUGGAAAAUUUGUGAGUGUGGCAGAGGUUGUUGAUGAUCUAGAAGAUUUUGACAAAGGCAGGGUGCACAUAAUAUAUGGACUCUCGAAAGACCUUUCUCUUGCUGGUUUUCGAGUUGGAGUGAUAUAUUCCUAUAAUGAAAGCAUCGUGACCGCAGCUGCUAAGAUUGCUAGAUUCUCGUCAGUGUCAACUCCAACACAACGCCUGCUUGUUGCCAUGCUCUCGGACCAAAAGUUUAUUGCAGAUUACCUAAAAAUUAAUAGAGAGAGAUUGCGCAAGAUGUACAAUUUGUUUGUCAGUGCUCUGAAUAAAGUGGGGAUUGAGUGCUUCAAGAGCAGUGGAGGGUUCUAUUGCUGGGCAGACAUGAGCAAGUUCAUCAGGUCUUACAGUGAGAAAGGCGAGCGCAAGCUUUGGGAUAGGUUAUUGGAGGAAGCAAAGGUCAAUGUCACUCCAGGUUCAUCUUGCCAUUGCAUCGAACCUGGGUGGUUCAGGUGUUGCUUCACGACAUUGAGCGAACACGAUAUACCUGUCAUACUGGAAAGGCUCAGGAGGGUUACAGAUAGCCAUAAAUCGUAAAUCAAACUGGUGAAACAGUAGGAUUAUCCUCUUGAGCUUAUAAGGGUAUGCAAUAACUGCUUUGCCAGGUGCUCCACCGAGAAUGCAGGGGCAAUGGGGCAUACAGGAUGAACAUGAUCCAUUCUGUUCUGAUCAUAGGAGCUCUUUCUUCUUUACCAUGGGAACUAACAAACAUUAGGAGCAAUCGAACGCCUUUGUUGGAACGAAGAGCGUGAUUCUGGACCAUGUUCGCAUUGUUCUGUUGAAGAACAGCAGCGCUUUUGAAGGUUGUUGAUGAGUUGCUUUUGUUGAUCUGUAGAUCUCCAGCUGCUUCCAUUGUAGGAGUUUCAGAUAGAAAAUUGCCCAUAUGUUGAUAGGUUGAAUCAAGCAUUAAGUUAAAUUCUCUCGCUCUCAAGGUUCAUUGUGGCAUAAGUUAGUGCUGGGUUUUUGUUUGUGAGUUUGUAAAUGAGUUCCUGCUUGUGCCAGGGUUUUGGACGCAGGUCAUAUGUUGACAUCAAAAUUAUUUAUUUUGGGGGGUUCAUUUUUUCCAC